UGGCCGACAUACUUCGAGAGAGAAAAGAAAAGAUGGCUGAAGCCGUCGUCCCUGCUACGGGGGCAGUGGGAAGGGAAAACAAGCCGCAGAACCAGGAGGAAAAGCCUGGCUUUGCCCAGCUGUUUAUCAAGGUCGCGGUGCUGUACAUGAGUUUCAUGUUCUUUUCGAAGCAGUUCCAGACGCACCAGAUUAAGGAGGCGGUGGCGGUCAUGAAGGAGAGCGAGCAGGACGAGGUCUCGCAGGUCCUCAAGCCGCUGCCUAAGGGGGAGGAGAGCGACGUAAACUGGAUGAAGGAAGCGAUGGGCCUCCAGAGCAGGAAGAUCCCGCAGUUCCCCGAGUACGACGCUCGCGGGAGGCAGCUAUCGGUCCAUCGGUGCACCUUCAACAGGGGGCAAAAAGUCGAUCUACACGUGUAUAUGUCCGGUUCGAAAGACGAGGCGAGCGUGUGGGAGGCGCAGGGAGGGGAAGCGGGGGAGGGGGGGGCGGAACCGGAAGGGGAGGAGGGGGCAUCAAACAGCUUACCCGCCAGGUUGCUGUGGCACGAGAGCAAUCUGGUUUUUGCGGGAGAGGGGUGCUUUGGGUGGAGUUUGUCGAAGAAUCUGGUGUUCUUUUAUCGAUUUACUUGUUGA